AUGUUCUAUGUGUGCACACUGAAACUGUGUGGAGCCUUGGAUCAUACACAUAGCAUGGGUAUAGUUCAGAAAAACUUAAGUCAAUUUUUGGCUCAAAGUGAAACUGACUUAUUUCAGCCUUUUAAAAUUGUACUGCAUGGGUUUGAGUACAAUGGUUUCAUGGUUUUAAAUAUAAAUAUCCUUAUUGUAUUUUUGCUGUUUUGUCAUUGUAAAGCAAAUGUUAAAAGUUUUUAUACUAUUGGAUUCAGAGCAAUACUUGAAGUUGUCAUCAGUUCACUUACAGAUGAUGUGCCUGAAUUGCAACUUUAUCAAUCUUAA